UCUCUCUGGGUUUAUGCUUCUUUGUGGUUGUCAAAUAUGAUCUUCUUGUUAUGGUCCUCAAGAUUUGAUUGAUUGUAUGCCUUUCUAUAUAAAGCCAGAUUAACGACCACAAAAAAAGAAGGAUUCAGAGUUCUUUAUGAAUUAUUAAAACACAAGUUGAUUCUUCUGAAUUUUGUUUUGGUUGCAACAAAUCAUGAUUAUGUAGAUUGACAGGCUCUCUUUUAUUCCCUUUUGUGUUGCGCUUUUUUAUUUAAUGUUUUUUGAGUGCUUAUGAAGCAGCUAUUGUCUGCCGAAGUUCUAUAUGGCUAACGACGAAGAUUCAAGUUCAAGGAACUCAGGUUUCUCUCAUGCUAAGCUCAAUGAGAGAAUUCUUUCUUCGCUCUCACGGAGAACUGUUGCUGCCCAUCCCUGGCAUGACUUGGAGAUUGGCCCAGGAGCUCCAGUAGUUUUCAACUGUGUGGUUGAAAUUGGCAAAGGUAGCAAGGUUAAGUAUGAGCUGGAUAAGGCAAGUGGACUUAUAAAGGUUGAUCGUGUUCUUUACUCAUCUGUUGUAUACCCACACAACUAUGGUUUUAUCCCAAGGACUAUUUGUGAAGACAGCGAUCCAAUGGACGUUCUGAUUCUGAUGCAGGAGCCUGUGCUACCUGGUUCCUUCCUGCGCGCUCGUGCCAUUGGAUUGAUGCCCAUGAUUGACCAGGGCGAAAAGGAUGACAAGAUCAUAGCAGUUUGUGCAGAUGACCCAGAGUUUCGCCAUUUUACAGACAUCAAGCAGCUCGCUCCACAUAGGCUGGCUGAAAUCAGAAGAUUCUUUGAGGACUAUAAGAAGAAUGAGAACAAAAAAGUUGAUGUUGAAGACUUUCUCCCAGCUGAAAAUGCCAUUGACGCCAUCAAGUACUCCAUGGAUCUGUAUGCUGCUUACAUUGUUGAGAGCUUAAGGCAGUGACUUUCUUGGGAAACUGACCGGCUGAUUACAAUGAUAUCUGAAAUACAUUCUAGUAUCUACUAUGCCAAAUGUGAAUGAGGGUCCUCAAACAUUCUGAUCUCUCUCUAAUUUUUGUUGUCGCAUUUGUGCUGCUCUUACGCCACUAGUGCAACUUCCCAUGUCUAAAAUCUAAUUUUUCUGAUAUUAUAUGGUUGCAGUUAUACUGCUACCAAAUAAUGAGCUCAUGAGUCAUGUCCCUUAUUAUAGCCCUAUAUUCUGAUGUUGUGGAUAUUGUUGUUUUCACCAUGCAUCACGCGCUUCUGCGAAGUUGCCCAUGAAUGAAUCUACGUCUUGGCUAGUUCAUCCAAA